AGCCCAAAUCGCUUAUCUUUUAUUACGCACAUAUAGCUGUGAUUCACCCCGCUUAGCUAUGGUCACCUCCUUGUCCCCUGAUUUGCUCGCAGAUAAGCGGCAUUUACUUUUUGAUUAGCAAUAUAAAUGCGAGCAUUCAGAAUUAGGGGACGUGCAUUUAGGUACGUGGUCUCACCUCGUCAAGUAAUCGGCCAAGGAUUUCAGAAAUGGGUUGCUGCCUUUUUGACUGUAUAGGAGGCGUUGUCCUCACCAUUUUCCGAUGGGCACUCUUUGUAUUCAACGUUAUUUUUCUGGUCGGUGGGAUCUCCUUGAUUGUCACAGGCUCGCUAUUAUUGGUAAAUAUUGGCGAGGUUGAUGACUUCAUUUCGAAUGAUGCGGAGAUUGGAGCCAUUAUUCUGAUUACAACGGGAUCCAUCUCUUUCUUGUUGGCCUUUUUAGGCUGCUGUGGUGCAAUUAAAAAGUCGCCAUGGAUGAUGAACACGUAUGCCGGUCUGCUGUUUGUCCUUUUCGCCACUCAACUGGCUGGAGGCAUAGUUGCCUUUGUUUAUCAGGAUUCUUUGGAGAACGGUUUCAAGGAAAGAUUGGUUUACUACGGAAAUAAUUAUGACACAGAGGAAUUUGCGAAGAACGCCUGGGACAAGCUGCAGAGUGAACAGCAAUGCUGCGGCGUGGGGAACUUUACGGAUUGGCAGGAGUUGUUUGUCCCUCCUAGGGAAAACCCCCCAGUCUCUUGCACGUGUGAUGAAGGCUCAGAUGGCUGUGGUGCACAGAUUCCAAGCAAUGCAGACAUUUUCUACUACACUGAGGGCUGCUACACAAAAAUCCAACCGUUCCUUCGGGACAUGGUCUUGUCAACAGCAGGAGUUGGCAUUGGGACAGCACUCCUCCAGUUGGUGGCUGGACUAUUCUCACUUUGUCUGGCGAAUAGAUUUAAAGAAAAGAGGAGGAAGGGAUCACAUUAGUCAAUUAUUAUCACAACUUUCGACAACUUGAAGCCAAUUUUGAAGAUAAUAAGUCCGGUAAACUAGUCAGCAUUUAUUGUUGUUAUGGUUGAAACCGAAUAAAAGAUAUUUGUGGUAAUA